GCGAUUGGCCAGCGGCGCGGGCCACGUCAGCAGCUCUUACCGUGGCGGCAGCAGCAGCUCGUGCCACGUCAGCGGCGCCAGGAACAGCCAUCGGCUGAGUCACAGCAGCCGGGGCGGCGGCAGCAGCAGCAGCGGCAGGGAAGUGGUGAAUGCGGCGAGGGACGGUAGCGUGGGUGCUAGCGGUAGUGGCGAGAGCGGUUGGAGUGGUGUAGUGGCACGUGCUACAGCAACGGGGAACGUGCGAAGGCGAAGAUCCCCAGACGACCCACGUUGAAGCGGAGGAAAGGGCGGAACAGGAGGCAAGGGUUGAAGAGGAGGAAAGGGUGCAUGAGUCAAUGCCGCCGAGCGGGGAAGUUUUUGAGAAUUCUCAACGAUCCACUCAAGCGCAGCCUGCUCAUCACGAGUCGAUGCCGCCGAGCGGGGAAGAGGCGACUCAAGUGCCAGUGCCACCACUACCACUGGAGUUACAGAAGCGGAACGGGGGGGAUCUCCCCCGCGCCUGACUGUCUCUCCAACGGCCGCUCUCCCAGCCGCGCGCCUGUCUUCCUGCGCUCGAGAUCCGCGCGCCACUCGCACGUGAUUGUACACGAGGCGCUGGAGCCGCGCCUGGAGGUGAUUGUAUGGAGCGUGCGCGGCAGACUCACGCCCAAGGAGCGGCUGGAGAACUCGCGGUCCACGUCGUCCCUGGAAAUGGACCUGGCCGUUGCUGACCUCCGCCUCGCGCUGCUGCUGCUGCUGCUGGUGGCGGUGUUGCUGCUGAUUUUGCUUCUGCCGACGUUGCUGCCGCUGCUGGUGGUGUUGGUGGUGGUGCGGCUGCUGCUGCUGCUGACGCUAUCACCGGCGCCAGCGCUGCUGCUACAGGCGCUGCUACAGGCGCUGCUGCAAGAACUGGUGGCAGGGGGCGUGUUCGCAGGGGGGUACUACCACGCCCGCGCACCAUAGCAGGGAUGGACGUGUGGGACGAGGACGACGGGUAUGGCGACAUGCCCUUAGGGGUAUCCGGGCGGCUCUA